CCCAGUGCUCCUGCCCCAGAUGCAAAGCAGUUAGUUCUCAAGCUUUGUAACCACAGAUCUAUUUCAAAAGGGCCAUAGGGCCAAACACCCCACCCUUUCCAGUCCAUGGGCACUGUUUAUGGUUACUGUGGUUACUAAAGCAGAGGCAGCGGUGGAAGGGGAGGGAGGCUUCAAAGGAUCUCAGUAAAAGCAAUCAGCAAGGAUGUUCACUGCAUUUGACAUGUUCCCCAAUAAACCAUGUCCUGAAACGAAGGACUUCUUGCUACCUACUUCCCAGUAAAGAUUCAGGAGGCGCUGAAGUUUCAGUCUGAGUCUGAGAACUGCAAUUGGGCAGAUGCAGCUCUGAUUGUGGAAACUGAAAUCCUCUUCAGCAUCAGUGAUGUCUAAGGACCCCGUAACCAAGUUGGCUGGCACAUUCCCCCAAAGCAAACUACCCCUUCCUAAUAAGAAUUCAGGAAAAGUUAUGUUCCCUUUGUCCUUGAGUAUGAAUGAAAGUGUGCCCAACACCUUCACUGAGCAGCUGGCACCCUUAUGUUACUCAACAAACUGUGACUUGGCAGUGAGGAACACGGUUCCAGAGGAGGAAGCAAAGCCAAGUCAAGAUUCUGAUGAUGACCAGCAAUCGAACAUUUUGGCCAACUCAGUCUUACUCUUUCCUUUAAUGACAUGCAGCAGAAAUCCAACUGGGUACCUUCAGGCCACAAAAGUAAGUGGCCCUUCAGAGACACUGCCUUCUGCUCCCCAAAUUCCAGGAGCACAGGAACAGGUGUUGAAGCAGCAAAUGGAGCAGCUACAAAGAUUGGUGGCAGAACAGCAGAGGAUUAUCACACUGUCCCACUCAGACUUUCCAUUUUCUACUGGAAUGCCUCCCCAUUUACAGCCUGUGUCACCAAGUCUUGCUUCAUCUCUUGUAAGGACAGAAUUGGAGAGUUCUUCACAAGUCCCAAAUCAUGGAAAUAAUCCCAAAAUAACGAGCCAACCUCUUUUAAUGGUGAAUUUGCCAACAUUAUAUUCAUCAUCCAAUAGGUCCUCAGGAAAUCCAGAAGAAGGAAUAGAGCCUCAAUUUCCAGAUGAUAACUCAGGAGAGGAAGAAAUGCACCAAAAAAUGUUGUCUCCUAUUAAAGAAGAUAAGGGUGAGCACACUGAUAGCCAAAUUCCUCUUUCUCCUUUUGGAGUAAGGAUACAUUCAAGAACUAGAAACAUAAAAGAAAGGCCUAUCAGGCCAGCAGUUGGGAUAAGGCAGAAGACUUUUGAAGAAUUUGUUGAGAAACAAUUUGAAAUUGAUUCUCAAAGAGCAGAAAACCAACUCCAGCAAUGCAAGCGACUGUGCGGCUAUCCACAGAAGAUGUCCUUGUUUAGCAAUCACAGGGGGGAAUAA